UAUAGUAGCCUGAAAUAAUUCCUAAUGUAAAAGUUAUUCUGAAUUUAACAAUGCUAUAUACUUGCUUCUAAGUAAUCUUUUUAUCAUAUAUAAUCCAUCCAUUAUGACAACAACUGUGAAUGUGCCAGACUUCAAGAGUCUUCCAGACGUUAAGUUGCAUCACCUGCCUUGCAAUAUUAAAACAAAUGAUGCCGCCAACAUUUCAACGUUUUUUCAACCAACAAUGAAAGAGACAAAUGGAAAAGAAGUUCGAUCUGCAACGUUCCGAGGUCGACCUCUUGAUGGUGAGGUGAUGGCGCCUCCUGAUGGAUAUGUUGGUUUUGUAGUACGAGAAAAGCGAAAGCCUUUUUCUGAAGAUGAGGAUCGGACUCUCGACGUUGUCGGAAAAUUUGACUCAUUCACAAAAUGGCAUUUGGAUUCAAAAUACACAAGCGAUUCAACGAUCGAUAAAGCUGUCUCAGUAUGGCCUGCAAUUGCCAAAGGGAUUCACUCCCCGAUUGAGCCACAGAGUUCAAAGGUCAAGUUAGAAGUCAAGGGUCAAUGAAGAUUUGAAUUCGGUUUUUGUCGACAGAACCAUGACGACAGUAUCAUUUCUCGAAAAUGACUCGGUCAAGUGUUAAAAAACCUACAUUUUAUAUGUUGACAGUCGCAAGUACUGAGUGAAGUUAAGAUGGUGGUCACUGGACCAUGAUUCGGCAGCAAUAACUGUCGCAAAUUAAGAUGGCAUGAUUCUGACCAGCCUCAUUGUUUUAUAGGAGUAUUUUCCAACGAUAAAAUUCGUCAAGAGUUUGUUUUGUAAAGGCUCAAGGUGCCAAAUGAAAUACCAGGGUUGUAUACAGGGAUGUCCUAAUCCAGGGGUUCUCAAACUUUUGGACAUUUACAAAAUUAGCUGGGUCAGUAUUUUAUUAAACUAAUAGCUGGAGGAGCGUUUUCUCAUGAGUAUGAGUACAUUGAGAACCUAUUAUUUUGUCUCAUGAUUUACGAAGCGUCACUCCAACCAAGAUGAAAACAGCCAGUAAUAUGCAAGGAGCUGCUAUUUUUGAAAAUAUUUGAAUCUUUCCGACACUGACCACGCAAUUUAUUACUCCCUGUGGAAUGUUCAUUUUCAACAUGUAACACAUAGUUGCCCUUUUGCUAUAUAUACAGGGUGUUAAAAAAAUUAGGGUAAAAGUUUCGUCAGGGCAACGUUAAAAAAAUAACUGUUUAAAAGGCGUCAGCUGUAAAAUGUUUAAAUGGCAUUUUACCUUAAUUCAAUGCUGUUAGAAUGUGUCAGUCAAUAAAUGUUUUGAGUAGCAUUUCAUCUUAACUUCUGUUAAUUUUGCGUUACUUUUUAACACCCUGUAUUAGCUGCAGUAAAUCAGCGUCAAUGUGUGGGUUGUUGAAAUUUUAUUUCCUAAUCUGAUUGGUUGCCAAGGGGAACGACUCAAGCGUUUUAUGAAGGUUAUCGACGCCCCUGACCUGUUUGCACAUAUAUUAAGACGUUCAUUUGAUCUGAAAUCGGGGGUCCUGACUGGUCGCUAGUACUUGGCAGGGACAGCUCUAUCGUGUUUAUCCCAACAAAAGACCUAGCCUGAAUUUUAGAAAUGUUUUUAGUACAAAGCAGUUAUUUUUAAAUAAAAGCAUGUCAUUUAUAUUAUGAUGAAAUGGAUAUCGGUUUUCAUACUUUGCAUAUUUGAAAAUCUUGUAAUUCUCUACUUUGUAAUUUUUUUGUUGAUACUUAAAAUAAAAGACAUGUCCCUAAAAUAAUCCCUAGUGGUAAAUUUUGAAAGAAAAUUGGAAUAAGACCCAGUCUUAUUUUCGGAGAAACACGGUAAGCAGUCAGGGUAUUUGUCUUGGUGUUGUUUUGAAUGCCCCACCAGUGGCGUAUCUAUGUAAAAUGGUGCCCAUGGCAAAGUCUAAAAAUGUUCCUCCUUGAUAGUUGUUAGACAAUUUAUAAUGUUUAUUAUUGAAUCGAGAUACUUGCACGUUAUUAUUUGAGUGAAAAUACGAGUUGCAGUUAUUCCCAAUUUCAAAUUAUUUCAUUGAAACUUUUUAUAAUUAAUACUUUUUGUCGUUUUUGCGACCCUGUUCAAACGGCGCCCAUGGUACGAGUCAUGGCUGCCACACCCUAGAUACGCCACUGAUAUCACCUCUUGAGAUUUGUUGGAUUGUCAGAAAACAGUCAUCCAGUUUUCCACAGUCUUUAGAAUAAUAUUACUUUCUCCACGAACGACAUGAUCAAUCAAUCACUUAAUUUUGCGAAAUUGAAAUAAUAUACCUUCCGGUGCGAUUUUGUUUCUCGUAAUAUUUAUUUGAAUUUUAUUCUGUGUUGAAAAAUAAAGUUAUGUCUAA